AUGGAGUCGGGGCAUGACCUGGACGGCCGCUCUCUAAAGGGUAUUGCUCGACUCCUUGCUGUCGACGCUGAAAAUCUGCAGCAUUUGGUUGAUGAGGAGUGUUUUGAUGCCAUUUUAUCCUCUCUGGACGUGAGGCUACCUAGCGACGUACGCAGCCAGGCCACUUUAGCAACCGCCAAAUACCUCGAAGCUGCCGGAGAAACCGGCCAGACGCUGUUCUCCAAGAUCCUUACCGCUCGUGUUUCAAGACAGCGGAAUGACGACUACGUAAUCGCAUUCUCUGCUGCUGCUGCUGUCUUCCCCAUCAUCCCUUCCAUGACUGCAACCCUCUUCUUGACAAAUAAGUUUGUUCAAUCUCUUGCUGGCUUGCUGGAACAGAAACGGAGAGGUAGAACCGUGGAACGCGCUGUGCUGGAGCUGUUCAACGCAGCCUGCAUCGACAAAGAGUGUCGCGAAGCAAUCGAUAGCCAUUGUGGAGAAUGGCUCUCUCGUACGUUGAGCAGAGAAACCGACGAACAUGCCGAACUGGCUGCUGUAAUUUUGGCCAAAAUUCGGGCCUCCGAAAACGGUGCAAUUCUGAAAUCCACGUCAGCGACUAAACUCCUGGGGAACGAACUAUCAGGUGGUAGUUCCCAUGAUCUCGUUGAAAGAUUCAAAAACCUCCUUGCUCAGCGUCCGCAGAAAGGUGACUUCCAUCGUUUGGUUGAGGGCCUGGUGUUUUCCUCCGUGAAGCCAGAUGUCAAGGAGCAGCUGGUUUCCAAGGGCUCGAGUUUCCAGUCAGACCUUGAGGCUCUUCUCAAGAACAGUAUUACCGACCAAUCCCUCAUUUAUGGUGGACUCAUGAUUAUCCAUAAUAUAACGAAAUACCGGCCUACUUUAUCUGAAGAACAAAAGAAAAUCUCCGAGCUCAGAUCCUACGCGAACGCUUCAACCAAACCUGCAGCAUCCGAUCCCCUGGAUGACGACAACUACGUCAAAGAGCGCUGUGCAGCCGUCAUCAAUGCUGGUAUCAUGUCCCUCCUCAUCGACUGCAACAAAGCAAACGCAACAUCGAAUUCCAUCCAAGACCUAAUUAGCAAAAUCCUCCUCUCCCUCUCCAAAACCCCACAAACCCGCGGCAAACUCGCCCAGCAAGGCGCCGUUAAACUUCUCCUAUCCCUCCUCUCCUCCCGCACAGAGAACAGCACCAACUACCGCCAGAAUGACGAACCAACCCAGAACGCUGCCCACGCCCUCGCCCGCAUCCUCAUCUCCGUUAACCCCUUCCACGUCUUCUCCUCCACCGGCUCGCCCCAAAUCACCACCGCAAUCAGACCUCUCGUCUACCUCCUCGAUCCGUCAUCAUUACCCAGCACCACGACCACCCCUCCCUCCCCCUCACUCUCUACAGAAACCCCACGCGAUCUCCUUCCAGCCUUCGAAUCCCUCCUCGCCCUCACCAACCUCGCCUCAACCUCUGCCUCCACUUCCUCAUCACCGCCAGGCUCCAUCUCGGCCCCCAGCGCCGCAGCCCUAAUAACCCGCCUCGCCUUCCCUACAAUCGAAAACCUCCUUCUCUCCUCAAACAUCCACCUCCAACGCGCCGCCACCGAACUCACCUGCAACCUCACCACCUGUCCCGACGCGGUCGCAAAAUUCGCAGGCGGGUACCCACCCGCGCGGCGCAACGGCUGCACAUCCUCCUGGGACUGGUUGAUGCUCAGGACUUGGCGAACAAGGAAGGGCGGCGGGGGGGUGCCCUGGCCAACACUCACUUGA